UGGUAUUUGUUCUCGGUCCACCAGUAUCACUUGUUAUUUUCGACUCGUCUUUCACCUUAUGUACUCUUUGGAUGAACAUCAAGUCAACUUUUUUUCUACUCCUCCAUCUUUUCUCACCCCUGACUGCCUCCUCUUCUCCUCCUCCGCCCUCCUCCUCCUCCCUGUCUCCCUAAUUGGCGCUCAUUGCCAUUCCCUUCAGAGACGGGGAGUUUCACUUUUUCCUCCCCAAAGUCAGCGAACAAGCGAGCAAAGUGAAGUUUUUAGGCUUAUUUUUCAGCCGAGGACGGACUCAUCUGUCGCUCCCCGGUGAAACUCUGCCGGCGGCACUGUCCCCAGUCUAGCUGACGCCUGCUGCAGCCCUGCCCUGCCUCUGCUGGCUCAACUGACCUGACGUGAUGUCAGUGGCCAGGAAAUGGUGUUUCUGUUUGUUCAUGGCGCUGCUGGCCACUUCGUCCUCCGAGCUGGAUGACAACAAGAUCCCCAGCCUGUGCUCGGGCAGCCCCGGCAUCCCUGGAGCCCCGGGCAUACACGGCAGCCCUGGGCUGCCCGGCAGAGAUGGGCGUGACGGGCGCGACGCCCAGGCAGGGUAUCCCGGGGACAAAGGGGACAGAGGCGAACCAGGUGAGCCAGGUGCGAGGGGCGAGACAGGUGAGCGUGGCGCGGAGGGCCAGAGGGGUGAUAAAGGAGAGAAUGGGGAGUGUGCCGUGGCACCCAAAUCGGCCUUCAGUGCCAAGCUGUCGGACGUGCGGACCAUGCCUGUCACCACGGGCAGCGGGGAGGUCGCCAUCCGUUUCGACCGCAUCGUGCUGAAUGAGCAAGGCGACUACAAUGCAGAGACGGGGGUCUUCACCUGCCGCGUGCCCGGCGUCUACUACUUCACCGUCCACGCCACAGUGUACCGCGCCAGCCUGCAGUUCGACCUGAUGAAGAACGGCUUCACGCUGGCCUCCUACUUCCAGUUCUUCGGCAACUGGUCCAAGCCGGCGUCGCUGUCCGGGGGCACGCUAGUGCACCUGAUCCCUGGCGACAAGGUGUGGGUGCAGAUGGCUCUCGGGGAGUACAAUGGCUUCUACUCCAGCCCCAAGACAGACAGCACCUUCACAGGGUUCCUGGUGUACUCGGACUGGAAGAACUCGGCCGUGUUUGCCUAAGUUGUCUUCAGUCAGGGGUGUCAAACUCAAAUUGUCCGAUGGCCAAAAUCAAAAUCUGGAAUGAAGUUGUUGGCCGAAUUCUAUUUAUUUUUGAAAUAAAAAACUAAAAUUGUGCGUGUAUGCACUUAAUACCCAGUUAAAUUUCCCACACACUCUCUCCCAUCAUUUAAGGUAGUUCAAAUGUGCCUGCACAUAUCGUUGGCCUGGGCCCACUCUUAGUCCUGUGACACACCAACUUUCACAUUUAAGCCUUGUGAUUCACAAGGCUUAAUGUGAAGUGAUGCAUUCCAUUAAUGGUGUAUGUGGGCCAAAUGUAGUACACAUUUGAAAUAAUCUCGCGGGCCGAAUAAAAUGACUCCGCAGGUCAGAUUUGGACCCAGGAUCCGAGUUUGACAUCCACUGAAGGUAGCCUAAUGAUACACGGGACAACUUUUUUUGACCAAUGUUGCUGUUGGCCAACAGCAUGAUUAGGGUUAGGACCUGAUUUUCUGAUGGAUCAGCAAUAGACUAUUUUUUUUUAUUUGUAUCAUUUUCUUGGUGCAUAUUAUAGUGAUAAACAGUCCAAACAUCAUCUUAUAGUGUCGUUGCGCAGAAGCAUUGCUCAAAAAGUUAUCCAGAGUGCCAUCACCUUUUGUAGAUGUUGGUUUGUAGCCCUUGUUACCAUAUUACUGAUGGCUUACUAUCAACA